GUCACAAUACACAAAAGCUUCUCCAUAGCUCUCUUUUUCUGGAACAAUGCAAUGGGCCAGCAAAGAAUCCAAAUACUGUCAGCGGCGGCUGAUCUAUGGCUUGAGAUAAAGCUCCUCUCUGGCUAAUGAGUUUUCUUGACAGAAAAUACCAUGGAUCAUAUUUCUCUUAGAAAAAUGACUGGGGAACCAACAAGAAGAGCAACUGUUAGUGCUCCACCUAUCCUAACAACUUACAUGGACAGUAAACAUAAUGAAGUCACCCAGAGAGCAAUGUUGCCUAGCAAGAUGGCUUCAGAAGAAAUAUCAGACAGACUGACAACAACCCCAUGCCUAGAUGUAUGUCAGCUUCCAAGGAGUCUAAUGUCAAGCCCUCAGAAGAAGAGGUCUGAAUCUCAGUUACUGCUGCAUGGAAGGGGAAAAUACAAAAUGUGGCUAAGUGAUGUAUACACAAGAAUUGGAUCACUGAGUAGAGCUAUGGAACAAGAGAAAAGUCAACAAAAGCAAUUUACUGGCAGUAACAAUUUACUUGGAUUGUCCACAAGCAAAGAGAAUAAGAAUGCCUGGUUUAUGAAAAAUCAUCAGGCAAAAACAUACCAGGACUGGAGAGGGAUAAUAAUAUCAGAUACCACAACUCCUUAUACAAUGCUCAGCCACACAGAGCAUCAAGAAAGAUUAAAGAGAAUAACAAAAAGACAGAGGUCCAAGGGGAUGUUGCUUCUGCAAAGUAGCAAGUCAGAAAGGCAUGGACAAGAGUUCAAGAAGGAUGGAAAUAAGCGUUAUGGCAGAAAACUUAGUUUAAUUAGUGAGAAAGUCAAAAGGAUUGGACCUCACCUAGAAAUCUUUGAAGCUUUUAAUCAAUUCCGAAAGAUACCCACAAAAGAUCAUGCUGUUUCUGCUGCCACUUGCAUUCAAAGAAUUGUCAGAGGCUGGCUUGAUCGUACCAGAUUGAACAGAUUAAGGAUGAAGGCGAAGAACCAUGGACCAACUUUGCUAGCUGUAGUAAGAGAAUACCGUAAAAUGAUGUAUCGUAUUAAACGCCGAUGUGGAAUCAUGGACCCAACAACACCAUUAAUAUUUGACCAACUGGAAGAUUGGCUCGAUCAGAAAACGGUUUAUGAAACCAUGUUUACAAAAAGAGAAUACUUGAAAGAGAUGGACAAAAAUGAACUACCUAAAUUUUUCAGGGAUUGUGGCUGUUUCCCCUCUGCAAAAGAAUUAAAUAAUACUAUGGAACUUGUUUUAGAAGGCUCUGAUACAAAGAUAGUAAGCAUCAAUAAGACUCAAGCAGUUGAAAUGGCCUUCAUGUUGUAUCCACCUCGUGGUCUCAAACUUGCAACUGCAGCUGUUGCUAGGUCAACCUGGUUGAGACCAAUCGUUGAUGGGGAAGAUGGCUACAGAUAUUUAAUGGGUGCACAUCCAGUUUUAAAAGCCGCUGAUAUUCGAGUUGCUGGAGCUGUUGUAGCUGCAUCAAUACGAGAAAGGAAGAGGAAAGAACGUGAGGCUAACAUAUCACCUUUUUCAGCAGACAGUGACUAAUACUGGGUGAACAAAUGGCAUCAUCUGAUUAAUUAUAACGAUACCAGAUUGGAACCUUAGUUCUAACUUCAGUUUCCUGUGAUAAAAAUUCCUACUAUGCAGUGGAAACUGUUUCAUUUUUACAGAGGCUGAUUUGGACAGAAGAUAACAGAAACACAACUCCUGAAUCUGUGCUGUACACAUCAUUCCUGUAUGGUUAGAAAUAAUGUCAGGAAGAUUUAGUAACCCAUCUCAUAAAAAACUCCACUACUUAUUUCUUUGGAUUACUGUUGCAGUAAAUACUGUUAUUUUGGUUUUGUCCUACUGCCUGGCAGCAUAUACCAUCAAAUAAAUGUGUUGGACUAUAAAAUUUUAUAGUCCAUCAGUGCUUUUUGAUCUCAAAAUUCUUGUAUGCAUUUUUGAUUAUCAACCCCUGUCCUACUUCUCUAUUUUAUUCUCUAACAAUAUAUUCCUUUACUGUACAGUUCUAUACAUUUCUACUCAGAUGUAAGCCCCAGAAGCUUCAGUGUGUAGAGAACUGCAACCUAUAUAUCUUUCACACAUCCCAAAAC